AUGUCCGCUGAGCCUGAGCUCAUUGAACUGCGGGAACUGGCACCCGAACGCUGCGCCGCUCCGGGCCGCACCCGGCUUGAGCGUGCCAAUGCACUGCGCAUCGCGCCGGGCACAGCGCGCAACUCAAGGCAGCAGGUCCCGGGCCGGGGCCACCGAUUCCAGCCCGCGGGGCCCGCUACGCACACGUGGUGUGACCUGUGUGGCGACUUCAUCUGGGGCGUCGUGCGCAAGGGUCUGCAGUGCGCGCAUUGCAAGUUCACCUGCCACUACCGCUGCCGCGCGCUCGUCUCCCUAGACUGCUGCGGGCCCCGGGACCUGGGCUGGGAACCGGCGCUGGAGCGGGACACGAAUGUGGAUGAGCCUGUGGAGUGGGAGACACCUGACCUUUCUCAAGCUGAGAUCGAGCAGAAGAUCAAGGAGUACAAUGGCCAGAUCAACAGCAACUUGUUCAUGAGCCUGAACAAGGAUGGCUCCUACACAGGCUUCAUCAAGGUUCAACUGAAGCUGGUGCGCCCUGUCUCCGUUCCCUCCAGCAAGAAGCCACCCUCCCUGCAGGAUGCCCGGCGCGGCCCAGGGCGGGGCACAGCUGUGAAACGCCGCACCUCCUUCUACCUGCCCAAGGAUGCUGUCAAGCACCUGCACGUGUUGUCACGCACGCGGGCACGCGAGGUCAUCGAGGCCCUGUUGCGCAAGUUCCUGGUGGUGGAUGACCCUCGCAAGUUUGCACUCUUUGAGCGGGCUGAGCGCCAGGGCCAAGUGUACCUCCGGAAGCUGUCAGAUGAUGAGCAGCCCCUACGCCUCCGGCUCCUUGCAGGGCCCAGUGAGAAGGCCCUAAGCUUUGUGUUGAAGGAGAAUGACUCUGGGGAGGUGAACUGGGACGCUUUCAGCAUGCCUGAGCUACACAACUUUCUGCGUAUCCUGCAGCGGGAAGAAGAGGAACAUCUCCGCCAGAUCCUGCAGAAGUACUCCUAUUGUCGCCAGAAGAUUCAGGAAGCCCUGCACGCCUGCCCCCUGGGGUGA